AUGAGUGAUCUAAUGACCCUCCGAUCCUUCAAAGAGUUGGAAGAUGAGAUCGUGCAUGCUUGCACAAAGAUUGUGAUUCGACGACAUGAGUCAGCGGAGGCGGUUACGAUGCGGACGCAAACAUAUGUUGAAAGUUCAAGGGAGGAAAGAAUCAGAAGAGAAAAGGAAGAAGAAGAGGAGCUCGCGAGAGUUCUAGAUUGGGAACAAAAACAAAUAAAAGAACUGCAAGAACGACGUGAACGACUGAAACGCGAAAGAGAUGAGGAGAUUCAAAGAUUGCUGAAGAAGCGUGCAGAAGAACAAGCGCAAUUAGAAGCAGCUCGAGCCGAGAGAAGACGGGUAAGAGCGCUUGAAGAGAGAAGGAAAAUGUUGAAAGAAGCGAAGGAGGAAAGGGACAGACAAGAAAAGUUGCUAGUCGAGCUUGAACGGCAAAAGCAAACGGAAAUUGAAAGGUUGAGGGAACAGAGGAGUAGGCAACAGCUAAGGGAAGAAGAAGCGAGAAAAAAGAUGGAAAUAGAGGCGAGAAGGAGAAUAAAGGAGGAAGAAGAGAAUAGGAGGAAGAGAAAAGAAGAAAGAAGGCGACGCAAUGAAGAAGAGGAGCUAGGAAGGAAGCAUCAGGAUGAAAAUGGAAAGGAAACAGAAGAGGAAGAAAAAGAAGGAGGAAAAGAGGAAGACUUUGACGAACGAAGGCUAGGAGAAGAGCUGGAACGUAGGAUAAUGCAAAAAGAGGAAGAACGACGGCAAAACUUAGUCAGAGAAAAGUCACGUAUAGAACAUCAACAACAUCAACAACGAAUGGCGGAAGACGAACGAAGGCACAUGAGGGAGGACGUGGAACGCUUCAACAUGGAGAACCCCAGAAGUGAAUCACAGCCACUAAAAUUCCAGCAGCGAAGGCGUUGGAUUGGAAUGAAUCAGCUUGAACAGAAAAUGGAGCAAAAGCAGGAAGAGGAACAGCCUACAACAACCGACAUGAACAACGAGAAUCAGAUGGAGGAAAAUAAAUUGUCAACUCACUCUGCGGACGAGUUGUCUGGAAGGCGAAAGGAGCUGCUGAACAAAUUCGGAGCGCAGGCAAGACAUAGGAGUUCGGGUGAAAAGAGAAAACAGACUGACGACAAAUCAGCAAAAGCGAAAAUAUAUUCUACUAAUGAACUAAGGUCUUCAGCUCCUAAUUUAGAAGACGGUUCCGGAGAAGGCAAACUCUCACGUCUAGUUGAUAGAACAAGGAACGAAAAUCAGUCAACAGAAAAAGAACAUGAGAACGGAGUAAAUGAUGAAAAUUCGAAUAUGAGCGAGAAUCAAGAAAAGGCACUAGUUCGGAAAACUGUUCAAAGGCGUCUUCGUGGAAUUAAAACGUUCGCUGAGCCGAAAGAUGUGAAAAGCUCCGUGGAUGACUCAGCAAAUUCUGAUGCGACAUACCUCGGUGGAUGGAAAGAAUCUACUGAAAACGUAAGUGAAAUGCCCAAACUUCAACUAAGCCAGGCAGCAUUCGUGCAUGGCCGCAUGUUGAAGACCACAACGGCUGAUACUGAAGCUGUACGUUCACUGAACGAUUUUCAAGUCUUCCAUCUCUCAUUGCUUAAUCCCUCGAGGAAAAAUUUUUCAAAUGAGAAGAAUAUUCUUGAACAGAUGGUUGAAUAA